CGGCCCGCCGAGUCGCCUCCAACUCGCGGCGCAAGGUGCCGCGCUACCCUCCCGCCAGUAAACCAGCGACAUUCGCGUUUCGUAUCGUUUGCUUGUCAAGUUUAACCCUCGUCGACGUUGACGGUAGACGUUACGUUUGUUUGACAGCCUGGCGCUCUUUUGUAUCGAUAACGCGGGGGAGUUACGGAGCGAGCGGCCCGUCGUGAAGUUCCCCGUUUGGUCACGAACGCGAUGAUGCUGGCUCACUGUCAGCCCUGCCCAACCCCUGCCCCGUCAAUGCAUCCUCACCAAUUAAAUGAAAAGCAUCCCAAGGCACACACAUCCGUGGCAAAUGUGGGCAAGGCAGGGAGAAAGGCACAGAACCAUGGGCAAAGGGUGCUGGCCUGCGGCAUUGAGACUGUGGCAGAAGUGCUCUGGACAGGCUGGCAGCCUGGGCGAGAGAACACCAAGAAGCUCUCCCUGAAAAAUGUGCUGCCAAGGGCAGUGAAGCUGACCUACAGGGUUCCUAGCAGCCUCGUGUUCAGCACACUCUACCCGCAGCCCAUAAUCCUCAACUCGGGCACCAGCUACACUCUCCCCAUCAUAUUCAGGCCACUGGAAAAGAGAGAAUAUGAAGAGCGGUUGGAGUUUGAGUCAGUAGAAGGCAGAUUCUGUGUGGUCCUGCGAGCCACGUUGCCUACACACAAGCUCCACCUGCCUGGAACCCUGACCUUUGGCCACUGUGCCACCUUUCACAAUCAAGAGGUCCAUUUUGACAUGCACAACAGAAGCGAGCUGGAGACUUCGUUUGGCUGGGAGGUGCCACCUCCAUUCUCCAUGAAUCCUGCACAGGGUGUGCUUUCUCCCAAUGCAUCCCUCCGUAUCACAGCCUCCGUUCAUGCCACCGAGGCUGGGCCCUACUACGCCAUGGCCACAUGCCACUAUGGAGAGGCCCCCUCAUCCAGCAGCGUCGUGGAGCUACAGGCUAUUGCUAAAUACCCACGCCUGGUAGUUAGUGCCGGAGACACAGACCCACAGCACCGCCAGUAUGACUCACAACAAGUGCUGAAUUUUGGCGAUGUGGAAGCAGGCGCCACCUCUGAAAAGUGGCUCCACAUCCAGAAUCUCUCCUCAGUGAAGGCAUCAUUCCAGGUUGAGAUUACCACUCCGAACCCACAAACGAGAAACCUGUUCGGUUGCCGAAUUCAGCAGGGAUGGGUCAAUCCCCAGGGCUCGGCACGUGUGCCCGUGCGGUUCAGCCCAGUCACGGUCGGUUGCUGCACCACCCAAUACCUUCACGUGGUCAUGGCUGGCAACCUGCCCAAGUGCAUUGUCAAGCUCACAGGAAACUGCCAAGGCCCAAGUGUUACAAUGAGCGAAACACUGCUGGUGUUCGACCGCAUGCUUGUUGGCGAGGUGGGCGUGCGAACGCUGGAACUUCGCAAUUCUUCGGCUGUGCCUGCCAUCUACCAGUUUGCACUGGACACGGAGAGCAGUGUGUUUGGCUUGGAGCGAGUAUGUGGCCAGCUGCCACCUCAUGCCACUGUGCAGCUUCGUGUCACAUUCACACCCCAGCAACCCAUCAACUACUAUCGGCGUGUGGCCUGUCUGGUGCACCAUCAGGCUCCUGUGCAUGUGGAGCUGUUAGGAGCAGGCAGCACAGUGGAGACGACGCCGGCGGUUCUGCGUCGCGAACAUGUACAGCGGUGUCACACCAAUGCACGGCGUGGCCUGACCCUGCAGUCACCGCCUACCCUUCUCUCCAUGCUGCACAACAAGAAGCUCUGCCUGGACCCCACUGAUGGGUCGCUUAUCCCUUGCCAGGAAGAGGUGGAGAAGCAGGAUCCAACUACAGUCGCACCCAGCAAUGCUGUUUUUGAUCACCGGGUUGAUGGACGAUUCGAAUUGUGCUGGGACGAGGCACUUCCUCCCACUCAUGUUAGCCUCAGUGCUAGCAUGCUGGACUUCAGCGCUUUUGUGCGUGAUGGCGAGAAGGCUGCGGCUCUUGCCCUGUCCCUGCGAAACCACACGCACGGCACUGUCUGCGUGGUGUGGACAGCCUCAGCUGGUGGGGAGUUCCACGUGGAGCCAGCUGAAUGUGAAGUGCCACCCCUCAAGACGAUAGCGCUCAGAGUCACAUUCCGCCCUCGACGCAGGAACACGCUGCACUAUGCUGAGCUGGAAGCCUGCGCUUUCUACAAGAGCAUGAAAGACUUUCGCCUGGUGGAGGAGCCUACAAUGUGCCUACCCUGGUGCCUGACCCUGGCUGUGAGCACACACACGUUUCAGCCAGGACAGCAGCCCUUCCCGCCCACCUGCAACUUGUCCAGUGCCCAUGUAGAAUUCCCAGCAGUGACGGCAGGAAAAAGUACCCACACCACUGCUCUGCUUACAAACACGGGGGACACGCCAAUCUUCUUCAGCCUACCAGUGGGUGCCUGCCCAGCCAGUGGGAAACCAAACCCUGGCACCUCAACCCUGGGGCAGCCCAGUCUGGCCCAGGGAAAAGGGGAAAGCAGAGCUCAGGAGCGACUUCAGGGUGCCAUUGGAUCCAAAGAACCUGAGGGGGUGGGACUGGUGGUGAGACCCAGUCAGGGGUUGGUGCCCCCUGGAGGAAAGCAGGUGGUUUUGCUCCGGGCCUCCUCCAGUGCUCCGGGACUAUAUUGCCAAGUGUUGCCUAUUCUUCUCAAUUACUGUGGUCAAUAUACAAAGAAUAUGGAGGUGUCGUGGCUGGUGGACCGGCCACAGGUGCGGCUUCAAGGCAAUGGGAGGCUGUUUUUUAAGCCUACAUGUAUAGGGACCAUGUCACAGUGCUCGCAUACCAUUGACAACUGCUGCCAGCUGCCCCUGUGCUUUCAGUGGAACGUUACAGGGAGUGGCACAUUGAGUGUCUCACCUGCACACGGCAUCAUUCAGCCAAACGAGAGUGUGUCGCAGGUGUGGAGUUUUUCCCCACUGGAGGACAAAAAGUAUGUUUUGAAGCCUAGUCUCCUUGUAUGGCUGGCAUCAAGUCAGCACUGGGGGCAGCUAGACCCCGUGCAGAGCCAUCAGCAGGGAGACAAGGAGGAAACGUCCAGCAGCAAAACCCGCCUAUCCUUGCGUGUCAUUGGCGAGGGAGCCAUUGGCAACAUCAGGGCUAUGGAGAGUGACGUGAACCUCGGUGUGGUAGUGGUUGGCACGGCUGCCUUGGGGCACCUGACGCUGGUCAAUGAUAGCAACUGUGACCUCAGUUUCACCCUGAGCGUGGAGCAGCACGAGCUGCAGGCAUGUGGUCCUGACAAGGUCAUGAUGACACAGACCACCGCAUUGGAGCUAAAUGAAUAUGAAAGCAUCAUUCCAGCUCGCUGUUCGAAGCAAGUGCAGGCUAUGGCAAGGCCUACUUGCAGCGGACGUUACCACUGGACCGUUAGCUAUCAGUUGGUCACCCAGCAUGCUGGCUUGGCGUUGGGUGUGAGAGAGCUGUGCCGUGUGACAGCCGAAGGCGCCCGCCCGAUUCUCUCAGUACUGAACGUGCGUGGCUCAGGCAGUGCAGCCGGCCUUAGCAAGAUGCAACUAUGGACCAUGAUGAACUUGUGGCAACUCAACUUUUACCUGGACCUGGAGCCACCCUACGAGGAUGCACCUGACAGCGGGAGGCCGCGUGUUGUCCUGCCCUGCCGCACCCCUCCUCCACUGCAGUUUGACCUGGGAUCAGCCUCGGCUGGUGCGGAGCCCUCUGUCAUACACUUGCUCCUGCAAAACCCUGGUCUGGUGGAGGCUCACUGGGCGGUGGUGUUCCCUAAUGAGAAUUCCCUGGAAUUGGAGGUGUGGGCAGAGCACAUGGACUUGGAUGCCCGUGAACUCCGCAUUGCACGUCUCCAGAGAGACCAGACAUUCACUGUGUUCCCUCGAGGAGGCCAACUCCAGCCAGGGGCUAAGCAAAUUGUCACAGUCACCUACAGGCAUGAGUUUCCAGCAUCAGACUGGCUGAUGGUGGUGUUCAGGGUCACUCAUGGCAGGAGCAUACCUCUCAACCUGGUGGGAGUGACAGUUCCUUCUGAUCUACACUACAUCCAUUACCCAUCCCACCAGCAUACAUUACUGCCUGUGGCUUUGAGAUGCCAAACCCCACCCAUACAGGUGUUUGACCUGUACAAUGGUGGAGCGAUGCCCGUGAGCUUCUUGGUGCAGCAGGACUCCCUGCGAGUGGUCUGUGACGAGAGCUACUCGCACAGCGUUCUGGAGUGUCUCACCCCCGAGGGGAACAUCGCGCCUGGGGAAACGGCACACACCCUCUGGCUCUUCUGUCCCUUAGAGGCCAAAACAUACACGGUGGACGUGCCAAUACACGUCCUGCAUGGAGAGUCGUCACUGGUCACAUUCCGCGGUGUGGGAUUUGACGAGGAGCAGACGGACAACACUCACCUAAACUGGGUGAACUCGUUGACCCAGCUGCUACCAUCUGCUGCACCCUUCCCACACUUACCCUUACAGCUGUCACACCUGUCUGUGGAGCAGCUUAGCUUUGGGGAACUGCCCGUGUACAGCAAGUCCACCCGAAUUUUAUUCCUGAGCAAUACAUCCAAGGAUAGGGCAGUGUUCUUCAUCUGGCGUCAUCCUUCACACGUGGACACUGAGGUGCUGAACUUAGAGCCCAAGGAAGGUACGCUGCACCCAGGAGGAAGUGUGCUCUGCAAGCUCACUCUCAGAGCCCUUGGUCAACCUAUUUUAUAUGAUCUCGACCUUGUAUGCGAGGUAAUUGACAUGAUGGAGUUCCAGGCAUUUACAUCACAACAGGCUAAGAUGGACGCUGAGUAUAAGCGGCAGGAGGUCGAGUUUACCAUUACUGAGCACGACCUCCUUCCACCGGCUGCUCCAACAUCCACAGCCUCCCAGGCUCCAGAGAAGUUGGCAAACCAUCAAUCACCAGUGUUGAGUGGCUCCAGUAAGCAUCUGAACAAGUACAAGGCACUGCCUCCAAUUGGUGCAGAAGAGAACGGGGAGAACUCAGGCACCAGGAGCCAGCGGCGUCAGAGGAGAAGCUAUCGGAAGGAGCGAGAGGAAAUUACCCAGCCAGAGCUUCCCAGGCCUCAGCUUUUACACCUGGGUGUGUCGAUCCGGACCCACUCGAUCCAAUCCUUCGAAGCACAAUUCUCACAGCUCAUGCCUGCUGUACACAUAUCGAGGAUUUCUGACAGUGGUGGUUGCUUGCGCCAUCCUGCAGCCAAAGACGAGGGUUGUCACAUGAAGGAUGGAGCGAAAUGCCACAUAAACGAUGACAUGCGUGCCUUCAGCCCCCUUACAGAUGAGCAGAGAGAGCUUCUGCCUCUUGUGCUGUCCAACCUGCUCAAAAGCUUGAUGGAUGAUAAGAGCUUCCACCAGGCUCUGGCACAUCUGGAGAAGGAGCCAGUGUCAUUCUACAGACAGUUCAGCAUCAGGGAUGAGACACAACAGCGGAUUGCUCAGGAACACACAGACGUCUCCAGUGAAGAAAACAUAAGCGGGAUGGAUGCGACUGAGAUCUGUCCUUCCAGCGCUAACCCUGAGCUGACAGCAUCUGCACCGGUCAAUGGCAACAACUGGAACAAAUAUGAAAUGGAGAGCAAUGUAUUUGUAAGUAGGGAGAAGAUUACACUGCAGCAGCCAUAUGAGAAGGAGGUCUUGUGGAAGGAUCAACUAAAAAGAUUGCCGGAGUUGCGUAACUUGUUGGAGUUAGUCCUGGAGAACACCCUUGCCAACAUCGUGACGGAGGCGAGCAAUGGAGAGGUGAUACUCACCUCACGCCCACGAUUCAUUGCCCUGCCGCCACCACCUCCAUCUGCCUUGCCCAGCCUCUCCCAGCACAUGAUUUUGGCAUCGACCGAGCGGCACACACAGACUCCACGGAGCGGCAAAGGGGCCUCCAUCUCUUCCAAGGAGCUCCAGAGCAUCAGCCCAGCUGGCAGCAAGCUCACACAGCACAGCCUCAACACAGCUGACUAGGGCAGCUGUGCUGUCCAGAGGGGAGUGGUGCGGCCGAAAAAACAGAGCUGGCUGCUUACCAGACUUGUCUGUAUUCACAGAUAUGCUUUAGUGCCGGUGUACUUUCCUGUGUGUACCGCAAUGACCAAAGAAUUAGCUCAAGUUAAAGUGUCCCCUUGCCUGAAUGAGGAGGGAGACAUCAGUUCAAAUGAGCAGGGAGACACAAGUUAUUCUAUUUGGAGUUGGCUCAGUCCACCAUUUAUUGGGGUUAACAAAAUGAGUACAUCUUUGUGGAGUCAACAGUGGUCAUUUUGAUUUACCACCAUGAGCACAGAGCUACAACUGGAGUAAGGAGACACUUCGACUGUGACUAUUGAUUUGUGGCUUUAAUCCCAUAUCAAUACUUGAUAUUGCAUUGAGUGGUUGCCCUGUAACAGUACUUGUCAUUUGAUAUGAGAUUCAAGCAGCUUAUUCUUAAUGGGAAGAAUUAAAUAUCUUACCUAUAUAGCACAUGAGUGUCAUGGGAGUUGACCAUAUCCUGGUUGAAAUGUAAUCAAAAAUAUAUUUAUCUUAUGUAGCAAAUAUAUAAGAAUACAUUUUGCAAACCAAUUCAUUAGUUAGAGUUGUUGAUUUUGUCAUUGUUAUGAAAUAUUUUGCAAUAAAAUUUUGGAGAUUUAUCCUAGAAAAAGAAUAAAAACGUGAUUAUUCAUAAAAACAUUUUUUU